GCCACCUUUAAUACACGUGCGCGUUUUUUGUAAACAAAAAUGCAUUUAAAUUAAUUUUAAAGCCGCAGCCAGUAAAAUUAACACAAAAAUGUCGCGAAUUAUAGUAAAGCAGCUGCCCAAGCAUAUCACCGAGGAUAAACUGCGACAGAUUUUCGGUGCCCAGGGAACGAUUACGGAUCUGCAGCUGAAAUACACGCCCGAUGGCAAGUUCCGGCAAUUCUGCUUCGUGGGAUACAGCUCCGAGGAGGAGGCCCAGUCGGCCAUCCAGCACUUCAAUAACACAUGCAUCCAAACCAGCCGGGUGCGCGUUGAAUCCUGUGCAGCUUUGGGCAGCGAGGAGAAGCCUCAAUCCUGGAGCAAGUACGCCAAGGACAGCAAGAAGAAUCUGGACAAACUGAAGGCCAAGGAAGAGGAGGAGGCGGCGGCGGCCAAGGCCAAGGAGUCCAAGAAAAAGAGCAAGGACAAGAAGGACAAGGUGGAUCAGAUUCUGGGCAGGCACAAGGAUGAUCCCGAGUUCCAGGAGUUCCUGCAGACCCAUGACAAGUCACGCACUCUGUGGGGCAACGAUUUGGGGGUAAACAACAAUAACCAGGAAGAGGAGGAUAACGAGGAGGAGCGGGAAGAUCCGCCAGCUGGCAGGGAUGACAGUGGAGUGGAUGCUGAUGCAGGCGAUGAGGAUGCUGCAGAAGAUGAAGCAGACGAAGCAGAAGAAGAAGAAGUCACCGGCAAACUGGCCGAGAAGCCCAUCAGCGAUCUGGAGUACAUGAAAUCGCUGAUGGCAACCACCCCUGCUGAUACCGCCCCAAAGAAGACCAAACCCAAGGCGGACAAGUCCGACCUGGAGCUGUUUACCAUCAAAAUCCACAAUGUGCCCUACAACACCAAGCGCCAGGAGGUGCUCAAGUUCUUCAAGCCGCUGAAACCCUACUCCGUGCGACUGCCGGGCAAAGUGCACGGCUUCUGCUACGUAGGCUUCAAAACGGAGAAGGACAUGGCCAAGGGAAUGCUCAAGGACAAGAGCUUCAUCAAGGGCAAGCAGGUGUUCUUCUCCGACUUCACCGAGAAGAACAAGGUGACCAAGGCGAACAAGAGUGGCCAAACAGUGGCUCCUGCCGCCGCCGCCGCGGAUGCGGGCAAUGCCAAGUGGAAGCACCAGCAGGACAGCAUGUCCAAGGAAGACGACAUCUCGGAGUCCGGCAGGAUAUUCUUCCGCAAUCUGGCCUACACCACCACCGAGGAGGAUCUGCGCAAGCUGUUCGAGCAGUUCGGUCCCGUCGUAGAGGUUAAUCUGCCGGUGGACAAGCUCACCCGGAAGAUCAAGGGCUUUGGCACCGUUACCUACAUGAUGCCGGAGCACGCAUUGAAGGCUUUCAACGCUUUGGAUGGCACGGAUUUCCAUGGCCGUCUGUUGCACCUGCUGCCGGGCAAGGAUAUCGAGAAGAAUCCACAAGACGAUCUGGAUGAAAACGAUGCUAGUCUCUCAUUCAAAGAGAAGAAGGCCUUAAAGCUGAAGAAGAACGCACAGAAACCGAUUGGCUGGAACACACUGUUCCUGGGCGCAAACGCUGUGGCGGAGAUCCUGGCCAAGCAAUUCAAGACCUCCAAGGAGCGCAUCUUGGACACCAGCGAUGGUGGAAGUUCAGCCGCGGUGCGUUUGGCCUUGGGCGAAACCCAGAUCGUCAUCGAGAUGAAGCGUUUCCUCGAGGAGGAGGGCGUCCGGCUGAAUGCCUUCGAUGAGCCCGCCAAGAAACGAUCCAACACUGUGAUACUGGCCAAGAAUCUGCCGGCGGCCACCGAAACAUCGGAGCUGACGCCCAUCUUUAGUCGUUUUGGCCCGAUCGGACGGAUUGUGCUGCCUCCCAGUGGCGUUACGGCGCUCAUCGAGUACUGUGAUCCCUCGGAGGCGCGGCAGGCAUUCAAGAAGCUGGCCUACAGCAAGUUUAAGAAUGCCCCACUCUACUUGGAGUGGGCUCCCGAGCAGGUCUUCACCACGACCCUCAGUGGAGAGCCAGUGAUUCCCAAGACGGAACCGAAACCGGAACCCAAGGAUGAACCCAAGCAUAAGGAGAAGCUAGAGGAGGUUAAGAUGGAGGAGAAGGCUCAGGAGGAGAAUCCCCGGGCAGAGGAUGCCGAUGAUGAACCCGAACCAAAUACCACGCUCUUCCUGCGCAACCUGAACUUCAAGACCGUGCAGGAAACCGUGGAGAAGCACUUCCGCCACUUGGGCAGCAUUCACACCGUGGAGAUAGCCAAACGAAAGGAUCCCGAGAAUCCCCGGAACUUCAAUUCCCUGGGCUACGGCUUUAUCCAGUUCAAAAAGUCCGCGGUGGCCGAGCACGCGCUCAAGAACCUGCAGCUCACCCACAUCGAUGGCAAUGCCGUGGAGCUCAAGCGCAGCGAUCGAGUGCUCAAGACACACGACAAUGAGGGAGCGCAACGUCGACUGGCCUCGCAGAAGAAACAAACGGGCACCAAGAUCCUGGUGCGGAAUAUUCCCUUCCAGGCGCAAUAUCGCGAAGUUCGAGACAUAUUCAAGGCCUUUGGCGAGCUGCGCUCUCUGAGGAUACCCAAAAAGGCCACCACCGGCGAGGAUGCGCAUCGUGGCUUUGGUUUCGUCGACUACAUGUCCAAGGCGGAGGCGAAACGCGCCUUCGACGCUUUGAGUGCCAGUACCCAUUUGUAUGGUCGUCGUUUGGUCCUCGAGUGGAGUGCCAACGACGACAACCAGGAUGUGGAGGAGCUGCGCAAGCGGACGGCGGCCAAGUUCGGCGACAGCCAGGCGUCAACGGAGGCCAAACGCAGCAGGAAAUCCUUCUUCGAUGUGGAAGGCAAUGUGCAGCCCAACCAAGACGAGGACGACGAAGAGCAGUAAACCACGGACUCAGUUCAUGAUUGAUUUAAAUGUAUAUAAAGUACAAGUUAUAACAAAUAUAAAU